AUUUCAAGUUUAAAAACAUUUCAGCCGCAGUUCAGUCACAAGCAACUGUCUUCCUCAUAGAAUGCAAUUCAUUUACCAUAUUGCUAUUUUACUCAUUGGAGUCAUCAUUUCGCCUGUCAGGACACAACUACCCUACACCGAUCCCACCCGAGACGAUGGACCGUGUAAAUAUCCUUCACCGGUACCAUUGUUCAGUGCUAAUUUUUUGCUAAAUCCAUUGAGAAGUUACUACAUUCCCAUCGCAUCCGAAAACUUUUUCCGUUUUGAAUACCAAAUGGCCACGAACCGGGCGCCACAAACCGAAGAGGAGGUCACCUCAUUACAGACAAAAGUGUACAUCUCGUUGAAGGAUCUCUUUGAGAAUCUUGCACCAGUUGCUGUCAGCUUUUUCGGUCGUGAUGACAUACACUAUGCCUACCGAUUAGAGCCUGCGUUUAUGGCGUCUUCGCUACCGAAUCCAGUAUUUGAUUUUAACGCAACGGCUAUCCAUGGAAGCAGUGGUACUGCUGAGACAGGUUUUGCAGGCCAAAUUAAAUUCACGAUUAUUUGGAAUGACGGCACCCCAGCUUAUAACAUUUACACAUGCAUUGGUGGUCGUCAAAUGUUUCACAUUGUCAGUGGAGAGAAAAAAUUAACAGAUGAACAGUUUGAGACGAACAAAAAGAUACUGAUGAAUCUGGGAAUCAGUCCGGACAAUUUUCAGUACUUGAAAUAUGAUGAUUGAAGUAAUGCAAGAAGUGUGUGAAAAUUGAAUAGGUUUAAUAGACGCAGUUGAAUCAGUGGAAAUUAAACAACGUUUUGUGUACGCUAUAACAAUGACAAUGACAUAUCCAAUUCACGAGUAAAUUGGAAAUGUACUUAGAACGUA